ACUGUACUCAUCGGUAGAGAGAUACAUAACAUAAUACUACUCUCCUCUAUUAAAAUAGGUUCACUGCCGAUAAGUAGUACCUAUUUGUAUUUUGCGGUUUUCGAUAAUAGUAAGCAGUAUUUUUUUACACACGAACUCAAUAUAAAACGUGUUAACUGAAAAUUUCUAAAGUAAAUAUCGCGCAUUGGCCGAUCGAUAACUAUUACAAGCGUGAACAGCUUCGAUAGUUGCAAGUAGUUACAAAUUUUCUAAUGUUGAGAGGUGUUUUCCACUUCGUUGCCUUGUGCAACUAUAUUUACGCCCUCUGGUAUGAUCAGAUGUACGUGGAAAUAAAAAGGGAUAAAGAAGUAACCCCUCAGAUAUUUUUCAAGGGAAGACUCAUAUAUUUAACGAUUUGGAACAUGUUGUUACAAACAUUACUAUUUGCUGUCUGCACACUCAACGAUAUCAAAGGAACGAAUGAAAUUGAGCCUAAUGUGAAACCAACGAUAAGAAAAUUUAAGGAUAAGUUACUGGCAUGUCUAGGUUUUCCACUGUCGAUGUUUGUGGGUUUGACGUUUUGGGCAAUAUAUGCCGUCGAUAGAGAACUGGUAUUUCCCCGUGCGUUGGACGCCUUUUUCCCCACAUGGCUCAACCACGUCAUGCACACUAACAUCAUGAUCUUUGUUCUAAUUGAAAUGGCGACGUCGUACUGUCGGUAUCCGUCUAGGAAGUUCGGAUUAACGGUGGUUACCAUUUUCAUGGCGUGCUACCUUGUCUGGUUGCACGUUAUACACGCGAAAACAGGGUUGUGGGUGUAUCCCAUCUUGGACGUACUGAAUCUACCACUUAGAAUAGUGUUCUUUGCAUCCCUACUCGGUUUAACGAUCGGUUUGUAUAUAGUGGGCGAAAAUUUGAAUGCCGUUUUGUGGGCCAAAGAAAUCAAAAAAAUAAAGGUUGAUAAGAAGAAAAAACAUUAACGGUUUUUUUUCUUUUUUUUUUUUGUCAACAGAAACAAACUUGCUAGAGGUUUUUUUUUUGGUUAGUAGGUACUGUAUUUUUAAGGCCUAACACGUGAUCAGUUAGUUAGUAGACCUAAGACUAUUCACAUAAUAUGCCAGAUGCGAUGAUUCAUUAAUAAAAAAUGCUACUGAUAUAAUUUACCGUUAAGUAGGGCGGGAGGGUGGUGUAUAGGUGCUGCAGAACUGCUAAAAAAUUAGUUAUUUAUCACGUAUUAUGAAAAUAAUACACCCAAAAUAGUCUUUUUUCGGGCCGUCCGGUGCUGAUUGAAUUGUCUACUUCUGAGCUUUGCAGUAUUCUUGAUACAUGUUGUUUAACUGGGCCG